AUGUCUGACAAUAUAACACUCUUUUGCCUCGUUGAAGGUGACUCUAAAGAGGAUGUCUUUAAAGUUAUUGCUGGAAAAAAUGAUGAUAUUAUCGAUCUCAAAAAGAAAAUCAAGGAGGAGAGGCCUAUUGCAUUCUCUAAUAUUGAUGCAACCAAGAUCGUUCUGUGGAAAGUUAACAUUCCAAUCAAUGAAGGCACCAUGGAGAUUGAAAUUUUCAUCAAAGACAUACGAGAUAGAUUAAAGUUAUCAAAUCCAACUAAAAUAAUUAGUGAAGUAUUUACCGAGAAACUCACAAGGAGUUAUAUCCAUAUUAUUAUUGAACGACCCUCCGCUCUAGAAAAAAAGGAAGGCCACGGAGUAGUAGGAAAAAACAUUAUAGUUUGUAUUGCAAUUUCAUUCUCGCCAUUUUUGAAAUGUUUCCGCUUUACACUUAUAGUUCAAGAUGUUAGUGUCAAAAUUCUUGAUGCUUAUAAUAAACGACCUAAGGAGAUGCUCCCUAAGGUUAAUGAACUUGUUGACUUCUUUGAAAAGCCUCUUCCAGACCAUCUGAAGAUACCUAUCCUCCAACAUGAGUAUGAUUGCUUUUUGAAUCAAAGCUUGGAAAAUCCGUGCACCUCAGAAGACCUCAAUAUUUUAUUCCGGGUCAGCGAAACCGAGAGUGCCUAUAAAUUUAUUGCUAAGAUCCUUUGCGCGCCAAUUCUGAACAAUCCACCUCCACGAGAGGGAACCGAAGAUUCCUAUGUCUCGUUCUGGGAUGUCAACAUCAGAUUCCCUCUUGAGUUCCUUAUUUCUGAUGGAAUUUCCAUCCGAAACUCCUCUUAUAAUACGAGCACCUUUAGCAAACGGCCAGACUUUGGUUUUAUCCUCAAUAAUGUUUGUCCAUUUAGAGGGGAAGAAAAAUCGCUCAACAAUAAUGAAGAUCCGAAAUCUGAACUCCGGGACAAACUUUGUUGGGCCUAUGAUCCAGCUCCAUAUAUUUUAGGUUACUAUGCUAAAGGACCGGAUGUCACAUUUGUUGCCAUUUGCCAGCCUUUGCCUGACCGUAAUAUAGAUAUUGUUAACAUUGUGAAUUCGAACUUAAAUCAAAUGAGAGGUCGUAUCCUUAAUCUGCGACGAGUGAUUAAUCUAAGUAUUCUAAUCAAGUCUCUUCAAGAUAUGAUCGGAUGGCACGAAUCACCCGAAUUCCAACCUAUUUAUAGAGACAAAAAGAUCAUUAUAGUGUGGGCUACAAACGUUAAAAAAACCUUCACAGAUCAUACGGAAUCUGAUGGACGAGUUGAAAAGCUCAGGAAUGUUUACGACAUAUUGAGAAUAAAAGAAGUCCCAAAUGUUGAUUAUCUUCUCCAUGCUAAAAAUGAGACAGGUGUAGUGUAUCUUGGUCCGAAAGGAAUGAGUGUAAAGCCAAAGAAUCAGAAGGAGCUCCUUGAAGCUAUUGUCUGUAUUCUUGAGGCGCUUGUAGUUAUGCAUGAUGGUAACAAUCCUAUCUUCCAUCAAGAUAUCCGGUGGCCUAACGUUAUUCGACUACCAGGUGCAUCUAGUGAAUCGUCAAAAUGGAUUCUUAUAGAUUGGGAUGAAGCUGACAGACCUCCGACCCAACCGGCAACUCAUCUCGCAAAAGGAAAUCAUGCCCCAGAAGUAUUCCAAAAGAAUCACCUCGGAGAAGUUGAUAUUUGGAGUGUGGGAAAAUUAAUAACUGAAGCAAGUGAAUGGCUUAUUGACCUAUCACCAAAUAUUAUAGAAUUUGGGAAAGAAAUGCGAAGUAAUAAUAGGCCAGAUGCUCGGGAUGCUUUAGAAAAGAUUAGAUCUUUUAUGACUUAA